ACACGUAAGCUAACACACAUACACAACGUACACACAUGCACGCACACUCAAUAAUACACCCCCAAACUACUAUAGUCAUCGCUUCUCAUACUAAAUACGCUACAUGGUCACUCACGUUCAGAGCUGAAUGGUAGUGGAUGACAAACUUCUAAUGCAGUCUUUGGCUGCUUGGCAUUAUCAUUAAAGCUGAAGUCAAACUCGCAACCUGCAUUCUGUCGCGUUUGUUGAUUUUGAAUCGGAAAAACCAACCUGUUGUGAUUUAGUUUAGUUCGGAAAUUCUUACGGACGAAAUCGUAAUUGAAUUUAUUCCACCUCUUAUUGUUAUUACUGAAGCAACAGAGAAAAGGAUGCAACAUAUACAACAACUGUGUCUUUUAAUGACAAUUUGGUCAGCGAGUGUGGUGAUGGCCGAAAGCUUUAAACGGUCACUUACUGCCCGUCAUCAUCAUCAUCACCAUCAUCACCAACAUCAGCAACAGCAACAACAAAAUUUACCGGUUGUGUUCGCUGUCGCCGAUAGAAAAAAUGAAAUGAAACCCGAUCAUUACGAUGGAGUCCAAUUGUUGUCAGUGCAUGAGAAGGACCCUUUAUCUUCUGCUGACGGCCAAGAUAACAAAGAAGAGAAAGACGAUAUCAUAACAAGUAGAAGCAGUUUAAAGAACUUGUCCCCUAGUCAACCUGUUAGGGAGCUGAAGCACUCAGAUGGAAAUGAGCCAUCAGGCUUGUCUAGCUCCAAGUUGGAAAAUUCUAUAGGUAAAUAUUUUUUUCUAUAAGUUUUUUUUUAUUGAUUGAUGUUUCA